AUAGACAGAAGAAAAUUUGAUAAGAACUCCCACUUUCUCACUGCCAAAAAAUUAUUCACUCCUAAUCUAAUUUAUAAAGGGCAGCCAGAGUGUCGUGGCCCAGGAAACGGUGUUUAUUUUCAGAGCGUGUUAUAGGCUAUACUUAGUCAAUGCUCUUGGAGUUGGAGGAAUUUCCGUGGUCUCGGAGGCGGAUGGAGAUCCCCCGUAUUCUCGGUAACGCAGUCCAAUAAAUUACUGGUUGGAAGGAAGUCUGUAACAGUAUAGAAUACCGAACUGUCCACGUCACGCGCACAAUUGUGUGUGUGUAAAAGGCAUUCGAGAGAGAAUCAGCGCGUGAAUCAACGUGCGCAUGUACUCCAUUGGUUUGUACUACACUUUCUGGUUAACAGUGACGUCACACUUCAGUACUCUAUAAUAGUCGGUGACUUUGACGGAACAAAAUGACUUGAUGCCGGUGGCCAACACGUCUGAACUGCGGUCCAGGAUAUACUGCAUCUUCCCGGUAGUGUGGUGCACUCGUCUACUGGUGUUCCGGCCGCAUAGAUUACCUGUCAGCACCAAGACCAUAGGGUCUUCAAUGAAUGCCAGUCACUUUCGAGACAACACGCACAGCAGUGGAAAACAAAGUCGCCACCAUGACCUGCCCUGCCCAUAACACGUUCAACUGUUCUCUCUCCACCGAAUUUGCCGCGAGUUUCCUGUACGACAUUACCUCCCUGGUGUUGGUCCUUGCCGUUAUGCCGACUAUUCUAACCAUCGGACUAGUCGGGAACCUGGCCUUUCUGUUCGUCAUGGCAAGGAUUCGUUCCAUGCGCACCGUGACCAACGCUUACCUGAUGAACCUGGCUAUUGCAGACAUCUUGUUCCUGGUCGUCACAGUGGGCGACAAGCUGGCACGUUACCUCGUAACUCCGGUGCCGUGGGACCAACUCUACCUUGGUGUGGCCGGCUGCACGAGCCUGAACCUCCUCCAGCACCUCUUUAACUGGGUGUCGAUCUUCCUCGUCACCCUGGUCACCUUGGAGAGGUACUACGGCGUGUGCCACCCGCUAAAGCACAUGGUCAUGUACACUUACUCGCGUACCUGGAAGCUGAUUGCUGGUGCGUGGUUCCUUGCUCUGUUUUGCUCAGUUGUCGUUGUGCCCACUCACUGCCGCGUUCUGCUCAAGUGCAUCGUUUGGCCCGACAGCACCGAAUAUUCUGCUUACCCAAAUAUAGUUGGCGUCUGCGCACCCGUCCCGAGCAACGACUGGUUGGCUAUUUCCACCAACCUCUUUCAAACUAUACCCUUCUUCUCUGCCAUGGUCUUCAAUUGUUUCGCAUACGUGAGGAUCAUCCGCGCGCUCAAAGACAGGCCAGGGAGCAAUGCACUGUCCCAGCACGCUAUCUCCAUGAACGACCGCGUGCGCAACCAGGUGUCGAUCAUGCUCAUUGCCAACGGAGUGUCUUUCUUCGUGUGCGGGGCACCGUUUCAGGCGCUGAGUUUCGGAGCCGCCAUUCAGGACAUAGUUGACGACGAAAGGGGCUUUGGAAGCUUCGUACACGUUGCUCGCACCAUGCUGUACCUAAACUCGGCCAUAAAUCCGUUCAUAUACAACGCCACCAAUCCGUCCUAUCGGAGGUCGUUCCGAGACGCCUUCAUGAGACGCGUCUCGAGCCGUGAAUCCGCUCAACGUCAGUAUCUGAGCAAAGCCAGAAAAUCGCCCCCUCAGACGCUCAAUGUCAACAGCAUUGAACUGUGUCCGUCCAAAACGGAUAAAGAUGCCUCCGGUCAAAUAACUGAAUGAUGUGCUAGGUGCCAUUCAGGGAUGUGAGUGGCCACAUACAAAAAAGCUGAAAACAGCUAUAGCAAAAAGCUGAAAUUUAAGAAAGGGUUUCCAUAAUUAUGUACGGAUUAGGGGUACAAAAUUUAAAAUAAAAAUCAGAACACAUCAGCUGAAAAGUUGAAAGCUGAAUUCUCACACCCCUGCUAUUCAACACGCGUUCGUUGCUCUAUUUGGGCAAGCAACAUCCUGGUGCAUCCAGAGAACACCUCCCUGCUGCAUAGAAUAAUCAUAGGGGACGCCAUAGUUACCGUGCUGUUGUGGCACUAGACUCAACUGCGUUGUGAUGGGUGUAAACAUCCCUUGGGUUGGCUUCCUACACGCGUACUACUAAUGCACAAGUACGGUACAAACCCAUUUAGCCCAGGUCAGGGAGUCCACCUGGGCAAGGUGCAGCCCAUCAGGAUUGGUUUACACCUGUGACUCUGUAGUACAACCUCAGUCGACCGGAUGGCUUUUUAGUCUGGUCGCUGUAUUAUUAGUCCAUCGUCUGAGGUGGGUUCUUGGGUACAUUUUGCUUCUCACCAACUGCUCAAUCGCAUCUCUGGUUACACAUUUUGUCACCAGAUAACAAAACGUUUUGAUAAAUUAUAUUUUUGUGUACCUCUACAAGCAUCCCUCUCAUUGAGGUUUAUAUCCACCUUAGUUAUAACAGUACCUGAUAUAAUAGCCAGAUGUAGUCUUUUCAAAUUUUUUUACAGGUAUUUUACAGGUAAAUCCUCACGAUAGAAAUCGGAGUACAUUGAAUGCUAUUAAAAAUCAAAGUGUGUGAAGAAUAGAAUUUUAAAUAAGAACUUCGUAAUUAAAAACUCUGCACUGCGUAAUGUACAAUAUGUGCAUGUGCAUUUUUUCUCACAAAAGUUUAAUCCUACGUACACCCAUGUAGAACUCCUCUAAUCAAUUAGAUUAAGCACCACAUAUAGUUCUAUCUUGAGACAGGUCAAAGUUUUGGUAUUUUCCAAAGUGAAGAAUUAUAGCACUUUCAUAUAAAUGCAAUAAACAUUCAAUGAAGGAAAGAAUGAUUUAUACGAAGCAUAUACCUCUUGUCCACUGGGGCCCACUAUCCUCAAUAAACCCAAGAGAAGUGGUGUUGUAGGCGUAUGCACGUGUUUAAAGAGGAAUUUGGUCAAGACGAAACCAUGCAUUUGUUCAAAGUGUGCCAAUCCCUGACCUCGUGUCAUCAGAACGUGUUUAAUAUGCUGAAAACUUUAUUAUUCAAUCGUUGAAAGGGAGGAUCAUACUUCAGGUGAACUCAAAAUUGAAGCGAAUUCGACGUCGCAAAACAUUAUCAGCAAGUGCUUGUAUUCAACUUAUACGACUUCCGCAGCACAAAUACUUGGUGUGACAUCAAAGCAGUGGCGUAUUCAGCGGGGGGUAUAUAGGGCAACUUGCCUCUCCCCAGACAUGUUGACAAUUUUGUAUUGAAAACAUUAACACGUCCGAAACGGUACUGCGCCUUAGGCACCUCUACGGGCUAAAACGAACUAUGACUGUCAUUUCAAGAUGUACUGAGUCUACAGUGUUUAUGAACAUGCGUCGGUGUAAGGGCAAAACCUGUAAUUAAAAUCGGACUGUCAUUGCCUCCCCAAACUCAAACCUAGAUACGCCACUGCGUCAAAACUUCACCUUAUGAUCACUUUUGCGUCAAGUAUGAACCGGCCUUAUUGACAAAAAACACCUGAUGACAAAUUGAUGAUGCAUAACUCUCCUCAAUGAACCGUGUUUGGAAGUUUCUGGUGGGGAGCGAAUGAGAGUGUGUAAUCUCAGAAAGCGUUACAUUUGUGCGUUUGAUUGUUGACUGGCAGUUCCGCAAGAUGUGUUCGAGGCGCAAGCUCCAUCAAGGGAUAGCAGUCGACCACAAGUGGAUUCGAGACGAACUGCGCCCCUCCCUCCGCACUGGUAUCAUAAGCCCCCUUUGAAGCAUGGAGGACACAAAUAGAGGGCGCUAUUUGAAGUGGGUUACAUUUGGAGUAAACACAAAAAGAUCUUACUUGACCUAUUUUGUCGACAAAACCUCAGAUAGGCUAAUGGAGCGAACGUCUCCACUUGGACUUACGUCAAACGUCAUCACAACUUUCUGUUCUGACUGCCUGCUGUUCAAUGUGAUAUGCUGGCCAGGUGGUCGCUUACAUGUCAACUACACUUAGUACUGGUCCACCCAUGUCAAUUAUAGCGUGUGUUCAGUCACAGCUAUCCAAGCGAUAGUUACAGAUCUUGAUCACGACACACGCCGUGAACCAUCUACAAUCAUAGCCCUAUCAUGGAAUUUUCCUCUACUUACAUGUAUAUACGAACACAGCACCACAGUGGACCUAGUUUAAAAUUGUAAUAAAGAAGUUGGAAAUAUAGUUGAGAAUAUUGACGUCAAAGUAAAAGAUGGAAAGACUUUUAGUUUCUGAAAAACGCACGCCUACUCAUUAACUGAAUGAAUUCAAACGGAAAUCAAAACAAUGGGACCAACGGGCAAUGACAUAAAAAUUGAACCACGUGUAACAAAAUUCGUGGGGUUUCAGAAGCAUAUGCAAAAACCCAAUACAGUUUACGAAUCAUUCCAUUUACAUACUAUGAGUCAUGUUGGUGUUUUGCAGUGGCACACGAAACGCAGCCAAGAAACAUUUGUGUAGUACUUUAUUUCGAUACUCCAAAUGACACCUAAAUUGAAUAUCCGAUCAAUUCAGAUUUUUUUCCUCCAUCUGCGUAACUUGGCCCAGGUCAUACAGCUCUCUGAGUAUUCCAUGGUCUUGUUAUUACCAUUAAAACACGGAUCUUUUAAAUGGACGUACCCGUAGGCCUUCAUCUGUUUUUGUUACACAGAGGUAUACGCAAUAAAAACAUGAAACACAAAACAAGAUGGCCGCUUUCUGCAAUUUUUCUUUUCUUCAGGUCUGUGGCGUAUCAAGGUGGGGGGCGUUAAAUGGAUUUUUUUCCGAAACUGACUAUCCAAUUUUUUUCUCCCGUAGAGAAUCCUAUCAUCCCACAUCAGGUGGUAGUAACAUUUUAAAAUGCUGGUGCUUCCAAUUCGUAACACUAAAGCAAAGAAAAACAAACAAAAAAGCAACAUGUUUGGGGGCUGCCCCCGGAUACGCCACUACUUCAAACACCUAUAAUGCUUCUUGUCAUUUAACUCUAUCGACUCUGAUCAAUAUGGCAUUUUUUUCACGCUAGCUUUUAACAUACUGUAGAUAGACCAAUAGACGCUUUGCGUG